AUGGCUCCAUCCCAGUGGCUUGCUGACAGCAUCUCUUCAGUGGAUAACUUCUGCUGGCAGCAGAAGCUGCUUGCAACACCCACGCAGUACUCCAUCCCUACAAGCAAGUGGAACCAUUACGAGCCGCUUCGCAGAAAAUGGAAAAUCGAGGAAAAGAACGACUUUGCCGGCCUAAUCCCAGGAGAUUCCCGUACCUACAACUAUUCGACAGAGCUGCUCUACUUGGAGAUGUACGCAUCUUCCCUCUACUGCAUCACAAAGAAAAAGGGUGGCUGGGACUGCUUGCGGCAUUACGAAAUAUUGUUGGCAGGCUGUGUGCCCUACUUCUUUGACAUCGCCAAGGUGCCGAGCCGCAGCAUGGUGCAUUUUCCCCAUGGCCUCGUGCGCAGGCUCAUGCAACUUCCAGGGGUGCCGGGCGAAGACUUCUUGGCCAGCAGGCUUGGCAAGCUCGGCCAGAGUACCAACACGAACGGUCUGAUCGAUCGAGCAGUUUUUCCAGUGAACGAGUAUGAGAGAUUGCGGGCAGCCAUGCUCUCGUAUGUCGAGAGCCACAUGCUGUGCAAGAACCGAGCAUCCGAACUUCAGGCUUUGCCGCGAGUCUUCAUACACUCAUAUGCGACCAAGGAGAAACCUGUAGACUACUUGAGAGAGCUGCUCGUGGUUGGGCUCAUGGAGACUGGCCAUCAAGUGUACACCACAUUCAAUGCGAGCUAUGUUUUUCAAGAUUUUGACGUGUCCGGAUUAGACGCCCCAUGGGGUUUGGGGUCAUAUGGUAGAGGUUUUCUGUAUGAGCGCGCUUUGCCUCCGUCAUACAGAAGCCGUUUUAAUAUCUGGGUUCCUGGAGAUUCACCUCCAGACGAGCCGUUCUCGUACAUCAAAACCACGUACAACAACAAGCCUUACCCAAUCGAAACGUUUUUCGACAAGGCGGUCGACAUAGUCGUAGAUGGGAACGAUAUCUGGGGUGCACACCCCGAGCCUGUGUCAGCGACAUGGUACCGCCGCGAACUUUCUGACUGUCACCACUUGAUCAAACCAGCUCGGGCACUGCUUGGCACCUUGAACUCAGGUGCACUCUGGAACUGUGAAGUAUCACCUCAAAGUCGCUUGUGUCCGAACCUUCAUGAUGCCGCUCGUGUUUGGCAAUAUGGUCUGCAGAUGACAGCAGAGGUGGAAAUGCAGACACAAGGUUGGAGGAGCCCGAGCGGUGCCGAGUUUCUGCUUGACAUUGAAGACUACUUACGCACGCCUCAACACUUUCCCGAUUUUGUGGAGAAGUUCAUGAUCUUGGCCACGAACGCUCGGCAGUUCAUGGAAUGGUGCGCCAAGGCCGCGGUGGCCGUUCAGGGCAACAACGCCGAGAGGAAUGUGCUGGCUGACUGCUUGGCAAAAAGCUCGCCGCUGCUAAGCUUGCAGCGUGGCUUUCGAUGCGAAGCGGAAGUGUUGCGCUGGGAGCGCCGCCGUGAGCAGGUCAAGGAGGAGAUUCUGCGGCAUGAUGCAGACAUUGUGGGGCUCUGCGAAGUGGAUCAUUUUGAUGAUUUCUUUGAGCCGGAGCUUGAACGAGCGGGCUUCCAAGGAACAUUCAAGCGAAAGCGCAGCCCAGCUAAAGAUGGAGUCGCUGUGUUCUGGAGAGCAGACAAGUUCGACGAAGGUGUGCGGCGCACAAUCUUUUUGGAGUAUGGCCGGCAGCGCACGAAAGCUGCGCAGGUAGCAGUGCUGCAGCGGUUGUGGCCUCGUGAUCGGCAGACAGGAAAGGGUAUCGUGGUUUGCGCGGUGCACUUGCGGGCAUCAUCCGACGAUGGCUUCCGGGUGCAGCAAGCGUCUGCACUGGUGUCGGCUUUACAGGACUUCUCCCGGUGCGACGAACAAAUCAUCUUGGCAGAUGUCAACAGCAAACAGAUGAUGGGGAGCAGCCGCACAGAGAUCGCAAAUGUCUUCGACUAUUUUGCAGCUUGCGGCUUUAAGUGUGCAUACACAGAUCUCGGGUUGCAGCAUGGACGCAGCAGCCCAAAGUACACAACUUGGGCCGGUUGGGCAUCAGGCGAUUUCAAAGCUACCUGCGAUCACAUCUUCGUGUCUAGGGGACUGCAUGCUCAGGCUGUCCUUGAUGUUCCCGAUGCAGACGAACUUGCUGAAAAGUUCCCGGAGAGACUGCCAAACGAGUUUUUCCCUUCUGAUCAUCUGAGCUUGAUCGCCGAUUUAGUAAUUCCUGACAGCAGGCUUGCCUGA